GGCAACCGAAGAGAAGGUAGAGAUUUCGAGAAAGCAAACCAAAAACAAUGCCAAAACGCAAUAAAAAUUAUUAAAUCAAUUCAUAUAAAAAUAAAAAUUAUUAAACCAACCCAAAAAUAAAAAGAAAAAUAAGAUUCAAAGACUUCCUUCCUCUCUGAAAAAAAGAGGAGGAGAGAGAAAAUAUGCCUUCCAUCCUCCUACCACAUUCCUCCUCUUCCUUUUAGAGAGAGAAAUUUUUUCAUUUUCUAGAGAGAGAAAAGGAACUGCCAUUGUUACAACCACUACCACCUUCUUCUUCUUCCUGCAACAAACAAUCACUGCAAAAAAAUCCCCAUUUUUAUUUUUAAUAAAUAAAAAAUACCCACAUAUUUUUUUUCCUUUUUUUUUUUUUUGAAAUUCAAUAAAAUCCCCCAUUUUUUCACCCACUAUUUGACAAAGCUUUUAGCUUUUCCUUCCAUUUUAUCUCCUCUUUCUCUCUCUGUAAAACCACCCAUUCAUCCAUUCAUUUUCUCUCUCCUCGAAAAUCCAAUCAAACAUGAGAAGAGGAAGAUCAACGGCUAAGACAACCCAACCCCAAACCCAGAAUGGAUCUACACCGUUGGAUCCCCCGCCGGCGGCGAUUGGAAUCAACGGCUCAAAUUCAAACGUAAAAUUCCGAGGAGUUCGAAAACGGCCGUGGGGUAGAUUCGCGGCGGAGAUCCGUGACCCGUGGAAGAAAACCCGGGUUUGGUUAGGAACCUUCGAUUCUGCAGAAGACGCUGCACGGGCUUACGAUAAGGCCGCACGGCAACUCCGAGGCCCCAAAGCUAAAACCAACUUCCCACCUUCUUCCUCUAAUAACCACCAUCAAAACGACAACGUUUUAAACCACCCUUCUCCGUUCUACCGAAACGACGCCGUUUUGGUUGACCCUUAUCAUCAUGGAACCGACGGUGGUGGUGGUUGCAGCGACGCCGAGAUGAUACAACGGCCGGCGUCGAGUGGGAUGAGUAGCACGGUUGAGUCGUACAGCGCGUCGCAGGCGAUUCGGAUUCGUCACGCGCCGCCGUUGAAAGCGCAUGUUGUUCACGCGCCGGCAACGGCGGAGGAUUGUCGGAGCGAUUGUGAUUCGUCGUCGUCGGUGAUUGAUGACGUGGAUGGUGAUAUUGCUUCUUCGUCUGCAGCCGUUGGAUUUAAUAGUGAGGUGGUUUUGAAGCAGCCUCUGCCGUUCGAUCUGAAUCUUCCGCCGCCGGAGAUUGAUGGGUGUUUUCUCGGGUUUGAGGAUUUUCCGACGACGGCGCUUUGUCUUUAACGGUAAAAAAAUAAUGGUAAUAAUUUGAUGACGAAAAAAAAAAAAAUUGGGAAGAAGGAAUUUGAUGAAGAAGGAAAAAAAAAAACUGAGUGAUUCUCUUUCUAUUUCUUCCAUUUCUCUCUACUAUGGGUUUAAUUUUAUGUUCUUUGAAAUUUUUAUGCGGAAGAACAGAAAAAAAAAUUGAAAAAAUGGGGAAGAUUGAAAUUGAAAAAUGAAAUAUGGGUAUGAAAAUAUAUCAUCAUAUAUUAUAAUCAUAAUAUAUGAUAUGAUAUGGUAUGAUGUUAUAUCAUAUGAUGAAUGAUGUUGGGAGAAGAUUAACUUGUAGUUUCUUGUUAAUUUUUUUUUUUUUUUUUUUUUUUUUUGUUGGUUAUAAAAAUUUCCCCCUUUGAUUUUAGGGGGGAAAUAGUGAUUAUAUGAGAUCUGGGGGUUUCAGAGGAGAGAGAAAAUGAGAUUACAAAAAUGGUGUUUGUUGUUGAAGGGGGGUUGAAGAUUAGAGAGUUGUAUUACUAAUAGAGAAAAGAGAUCUGAUGAAAUUGAAGGAGGGGUAUUUUAGGUCUUGUUUAGAAAGAUCAAUGCUAAUACUCCCCCUUUUCAUUCAACUUCAAUCCCCCUUGUUGUUCAUCACUUGUAUUGUAGAGAUAAAGAGGAAAUUUCUAUCAAUGAAUGAGAAAACAAAAUUUCUUAUUUACA